AUGGUGAUUUUGAGGAAACGUCUGGCUGAGGCUAAGGAGGAGGGAGAUGAGGAGACUGUGCGUGAGGCGGAGAUGGCGUUGGGUCCUCCUGCUGGGACAGCAUUUUGGAUAUUAUUAGGAGRUUUGGGAGGUUUCCGCAUCGGAAUGAGUGUUUGGGGGGGAGGAGUACCGAGGGAUGAGGAGGAGUGGUUGGAGACUGGGGAGACUUUUGGGGUGAAGCAGGUUAAGAAGGCGGAUCUUGAGGCUGGACUGUAG